AUGGGGCUGCUUAUCGCGCGCAUGUUGAUGCCCAUUCGGAAAGGUAUUGCGGCGCACUGGUCGACGAAGCCAGUUGGGGCGAUCCCUUCCAACCGGUUCUACCUAUUCAUGCCCAAGAAUCGGAUCUUUCACGUGAUGGGUUACCUCCACUUCUCGAACAACAAGUCGCCAAGGGCAAGCAUCGAUCGCGCGUGGAAGAUUCGGCCGGUGGUGGACGUGCUGCAGCGAACCUUUGCUCGCGGGUAUCGCGUGCUCCCAGUGAUCAGCUUCGAUGAAGCCACACUACCCUCUCGCUCUCGCUACAAUCCGACGCGUCAAUUCAACAAGGACAAGCGCCACAAGUGGGGCACGAAGGUGUUCGUCGCGGCGUGUGCUGAAACAGCGUAUUGUCUGAGAAUCGAAUUCUACUGCGGAGCGAAGACCCAUCUACAGACGCCAGUGCCCAAGGACAACAACACCGGUGAAGCUGCGGUUCUGAGAAACAUGAAUGCGCUUUGCCCGCCCUCGACGACGUCACUGUGGCGUCUAGUAGUCACGGAUCGCUUCUACACGUCGGUCAAGCUAGCACUAGAGCUGCUGCACCGACGCCUGUACUUGACCGGCACCAUCCAGACGGACCGAUCGGGCUAUGCAAAGGGCGUUGCGACUAAGAAGGAGGUGAAGCAAGUGAAGAAGCAGAAGAUUGUUUUGCCUCCGCAAGGAACGAUCAAGCUUGCCCAAAACAAGCGUUUCCCGCAUGAACAUCAUGCUUACCCUGCUGUAGGUCGAGGAACUCUGCCCUCGACCGGAACUCGUUUUGCGGGGGCUCAAACGCUUGUCUGA